AUUACUUAUUUUAUUUUUAUUUUUUGUACUUUAUGUUUAUAAUUUAAUAUUUUAUUGUCUAUAUGUUUUUACAUAUAUGAUUAUAAUUUUAAUUGUGUAAUUAAAAUUUAAUUUAAUGUUUUUUUUACAUUAAUAACUAAAAACUAAUAAAAUUAAAAAAUUUUAAAAGUUUCAGAAAAUUACUUUCAAAUGUUAUUUGUGUUUUAAAAUAUUGUAAUUAUAUAUAUAUACAUAUUUAUAUAUUUAUAAUAAAUAUAUUUAUUUAUAUAUUUCAAAUAUCUAAAUUGGUUAUAUUCUAUCGUGUAUGACAUUAGAAAGUUAAUAAAUUCGUAUUACGUUAGAUAAGAAUUAUAUGAUCAUCAAUUCAAAAAUUAAUGUUAUUUAAAUUAAAAAUGAAAAAAAUAUAUAAAAAUAUUUAUAUUUCAAAUAUUUUUUUAUUUGAAAAAUUAAGAAUUUAUUAUUUAAUUUAUUAUUUUUAUAUUAAUAAAAAUAAAUUUAUUUUUUAUAUUUCUUUUUUUCAUUAUUAUCGAACGGAUGUAUAAAGAAAAAAUUUAUUUCAAUAUUUUUUAGCAGGAUUCUAUUUUCAUUUUCAUUUUAUAAAUUCACUAAUCAAUUAUUAAUAAUGUAACGAUUCAAUUAUAUAAUAGUUCUAAUAUAGAUAAAAUAGCUACUUAAUUAUGAAAAAAAUAUAUUAAAAUUAUACUGAAUGUAUUUCAUAAUUUUAAGCAAUCGAAAAUAUCUGAAAAAAUUUCAUUAUAAAAUACAAUAUUUGUAUCAUACUACUAGAAAAUAUAAUAAAAUUUUAUUGAAAGAUAAGACGAUUUCAAAUGUAUUGAGUUUAUCAUUACUAAAUUUUCGAAUAACGGAAGUUAAAUAAACUGAUUAUUCGUUAAUAUCUUUUUAAAAUUAAAAUAUAUUUUAUAUUCUAUAAUAUUGUAUUAUUAUUUGUAUAUAUUUAUAGAAAUAGAGAAAAAAAGGAUUCAAAUUAACAAUAUUAUCUUAUUAUAUGAAUAUUAUAUGAAUAUUUGCAAAUUGCUCGAGUUUUCGAUUGGUAUUACGUAUUACAUCCGCUUGCGCAAGUCAUUAGUUUCGUCGCCAUCAUAGCGACGAGAUCGCGACCGCUUUUGGCCGUUGUGCCAGGAAUUGGGAUAAUCGUCGUUUACGGCGAAAAAACGAAGCAGAGCUUUUGCUCUGUUACACCCGUGUUUGUGGUCAAGCUAAUAUCGUUACAUCGGCCGUGAAUUAUCGGCAUCUCGAGGAUUUUUUCUUCACCUUUGACGAUAACGAAACAUGGCUUAUUGAAGAAGAUGAAGGGCCUGCAGAAAUACACUAUUUCUCCAUACGGAGGAAACCGUAGCCUCAAUCACUCUGGAAUUCAGCACGAAUACAUUCGUGCCAGAAAUGGAAAAAAAUACAAAAUUUCCGCAAUCCUCUGCAAAGGGGGUUCCUGCUGAUUCUAAAAAAACUCAAGAUGUUACAAACAAAUCUUUUCCAAGAAACUCACGUCGACGUGAACCAGCAGGUGCUAACAGUUUCUCAAAAUUUGAACAAUCAAAGAAGUGCAAUGUACAGAAAACAAAAAAUUUUGAUAAGAGACCAAAACCUAAAGGACAAUAUCAUGGCAGUUCAAAGGAGGAUACCAAGGUAGUGCAAACAGAAUUAGCUGAGCCUGGCUCAGUAGUGGUCCAAGGAAGUAAAAAGCAGAAUUUGAAUCAUCUGCUGAAUUUUCAUUAUGAACCACGUGAAAUGCAAAGUGGUUCAGGUGCAUGGAAUCAUGGAAAAUCAAUGAAGGGUUUUUCUAGAAACAGUAAUAGAUGGCUUCCACCAGUACAGCGGCAUAAAUACAACAAAGAACAAUUUUUACAAGCCAGCUGCCAAUUUGUUGUAAGUGCCAAUGGGAAUUACACAUUAUAUCUAAGUGAUCCUGAUAUACUAGUUGAUUGGAGAUGGGUAGAACAAAUUAAACUUCAUAGUUCUGAAAGCUUGUCAUGCCCAAUAUGUUUAUGUUCACCUGUUGCUGGAAAAAUGACACGUUGUGGUCAUGUUUAUUGUUGGCCUUGUAUCCUUCAUUAUUUAUCACUUUCUGAUAAAUCUUGGCGUAAAUGUCCUAUUUGUUAUGAAUCUAUCCAAAAAUCUGAUUUAAAAAGUGUUAAUGAAGUCACUCAAAGUACAUUAAAUUUAGGAGAUACUAUUACUUUACGUUUGAUGCGUCGUGAAAAAGGAUCUCUGCUUGCGGUGCCUGUUGGAUCUAUAAUCCAAAAUCCAACAAACUUUUUCCCUGUUUCAGAGAUUAUUAGCAAUCAAGUGUAUUCAAAACUUCUUAUUGCAAAUACAAAAGAUGUGAAGAAUAUCAUUGAAUCAGAGCGUAUUCAAUUGCAAUUAGAACUAUCUGAUAAUCCUGAUUCUCCAGAAAAUUGUUAUAUUGAACAGGCACUUGAAGAACUUUCAAAAAGAGAAGAGGAAUUGUUACAAAAAGUAAAAUCAGAAACCAUUUUCACAAAUGAAAUACAAACAGGAAAUAUUAACAUUGACAAUAGUUUAUCUCAAGAUAAUGAAGAAACAAAUACUAUAAUAAAAAGGGAUGUAAAAAACGUAGAUGAAGAAAUAUUAAAAUCUACGGAAAAUUCACUUAUCGGCGCUCAAUCAACCUCGGGCAUAACAAAAUUCUUUUAUUUCUAUCAAGCGGAAGAUGGACAACAUUUAUAUCUUCACGCAAUGAACGUCAAGAUGUUAGAAAUGCAAUAUGGUAAUCUUGAAAAUUCUCCACAUAUUAUAACGGGAAAACUCUUAGAAAAAGAAGGAGGAAGUCUUACAGAAGAUCUAAGGCGUAGAUUAAGAUAUUUAUGUCAUCUGCCAUUGACUUGCCAAUUUGAGGUAGCCGAAAUUGAAUUAAAACCGCCUAUUGUAUCAGAAGAAGUUUUAUUUUCAUUUCGAGAUCAAUUAGCAUUAAGACACAAACGUAGACAACAACGAGAACGUGAAGAAAGAAAAAGAGAAAAAAAGAUUACUGAAGAAGAAAAUAAACGUAUGGGAAGAUAUCCAACACCUAUUGUACACAUUGAUUCACAGCGACAUUUUCCUCAAUGGCAACCAGAAUUAUUAUUUUCCGAAGAAAAUGUUCCAUCACCACCAGAAUCAACGACGACUUCAAGUGUAGCUAGUAGUCCAUCUUUAAGCACUUUUGAUGAAAUUGUUACAUCCAAACAAACUGACAUCCCUCAGGAAUCGGGACCAUCAUUUGCGGAAAUGUUACGAAAUACCGGCACUCGUUUAAAAUCAGAAACAGUAUGGCCAUCAAUUAACUCCAAUCAUGGGAAACCAUAUUCUAGUACGACUAUUCAAUCAUCCUCGAAAAACACCGAAGAAGAAGAUUAUGUCUCAGUACCAUCAUACAGUCAAAGUUUUGGCGAUGCCAUAGCAGCCGCUUUAGAACAAACAAAAUUAGAAAAAAAAAAAAAUGGAGGUGGAAAGAAAAAGAAAAAAGGAAAAUCAACCAUAUUGUUUGCAACUACUGGCACAUAAAUCUUAAUUUUUUUCAUACUAAUUCUCGCACUCUAUGUUAUUUUUUAAUUUUGCAAUUGAGUUAUUUUACUAUCAUGUGUUAUAUUUCAGAUUAAUUUGGAUAUACAUUAGAAAAUUUGUAAAGUUCUAGUACAAAUCAUAACAUGUAAUGAUAUAUUAUCUAUUAUUGAUUUUUAUCGGUGUAUUAUCAAAUUAAACAAAUGUUUUCUGUAGCAUCAUACAAAUUUGAGUCUGUUAUGCAAAUAAAAUUUAAUUUCAUGAAAAUUAAAAUAAA